CCUCGCACCAUCAUUACGGACGAGAUGCGAGCAACAGUCAAUGACCAUGUCAUUGUCCAUGGCAUGACAAUGGCUGAAGCAGGACUAAGAGUCCGUCCAAACCUGAGUAGGUUCACCGUGGCCACCUUUAUCAGGGCAUUCAGACAACACAACAGAGUUGAAAGAAUGCCACAUAGAGGUGGGAGGGUUGCCAUAUUUACAGCAGCACAAGAAACCCUCAUUGUGGAUAUGGUUCGUGAGAACAACCUCAUCAGACUCCGGGAGAUCAGAGACAAAGUCAUUGCCGAUAAUGUCAACUUUGAGAGCAUUGAUGAUGUCAGCUUGGCCACAAUAGACCGAGUUCUCCGGCGCCAAAAGAUGCGGAUGAAACAGGUCUAUAGGGUUCCCUUUGAGCGCAACUCUGCACGACACAAAGACCUACGUUACGAGUAUGUGCAAAGGAUAUUACAGUUGGACGCGAUGGCCAGACCUCAUGAGUACCUCUUCCUGGAUGAGGCUGGCUUCAACCUGCAGAAACGAAGGCAAAGAGGCCGUAACUUCAUUGGGCAAAGAGCCAUCACUGAGGUUCCUGGCCAACGGGGGGUAAUAUUACUCUUUGUGCGACCAUGGGUUUGGAGGGGCUUGUCCACCGGCAUGCUGUCCUUGGGUCUUACAACACCCAACGUCUCCUCACCUUCCUAGAGGAGCUUAAAGACAUCCUCCUGGACCGCCAACAACACCAUCCUGGGCCCGCACAUCACAUUUAUGUGAUCAUUUGGGACAAUGUAAGCUUCCACAGAACAAACCAAAUCAGAGAGUGGUUCACCACCAACAGUAACCACUUUUUAAACG